AUGGGUCGUGACUGUUUGGUGUGGGGAGGAAGGAGGAGUUCCUACAUGUUGCUGUUAUUGUUGUGCAUGGCUGUACACGUAUCUGUGGUGGAAGGGAGUGUGACGAUCUUGAAUGCGACAGCCAAAAAGACGGCGAGUAUUGACAACGCCAAUUACGACUAUCAAGUGGUUUUGGAGAAUACCUCGAGUGAUCCUCUCGAUGACGUGUUGAUCUUUCGUUGGGAUGAACCUGCCGAUGGCAUCUUGAGCGCAUCGCUGGAACACACCACCAAGGUACAAGACAACGAACCCUCGUGGCUGGCGAUUGGGUUCUUUGACUCGUUGCGCAAUACAGUCCCCAUCUUUGACAAUGUCCUCGACCAAGUCAAUGGACAGGCCGUCGUGGGAACCUACUUCUUGGCCACACCGGCCGUUUUCAAGUACUCUCUGGGAGACCCUCAUGGAAGAGUCAACGGCAACAACCUCAAUGGAGGAGUCUCCUUGAUGUCCACUGACGAACAGACACUCAUCUUUCAGAAUAUGGAACAAGGCGCUGUCACACUGCACGACGGGACUCCGGCCAUUCGAACCAUUCUCACAUUUUCCAAAAACAUGGACGAGGCCUCGGCCACGGGAAAUACCAAUAACAACGAAGCUCUCAUUCGAGAGAACGGAGAAAACAUUUUCACAUGGGCCAUUGGACCGCCCGGCAUGGAUACGCUAGGAAUGCACGACCAACGAGGAUCCUUUCGACUCGAUUUUCAACAAACUCAUACACCAGCUGCUGCCGAUAGUCCUAAUCCUGGCACUGUCGAUACCACUCCCGUACCAGCGCCACCCCCACAAACUCCGGCUCCACAAACUCCGGCUCCAAGACCAGCAGCGGGGAUUAGUAAUAUUGUCAACGCCACUGCGACACUGCAACAGAUUGAUCACUCCGCGGCACAAGAAAGCCCAUACAGUGACUUUGAUUUCCAGGUACAGUUGGACAACAACCUCAUUUUCUACUGGGCCAAUCCAGGAACAUCCAGAGAACUCAAAGCCAGACUCGAACACAAAGCUGAAUCCAUGGCCACAGCUCCCUCUUGGCUCAGUCUAGGAUUCUACGAUGUACCCAGCAAUCCAAGACCCGUCACGCCCAACAAUUUCCUCAUGAAUCGAUCCACCGCCAUUAUUGGAAAAUCAUGGGAAGCAGAAGCCACCAGCACGCCCAUCAUAUACAAAUUGGGAUACAAUCAUGAUCAACCGGGAGUCAUACAACCACUGCCCGAACAAACUUUGUCCGAAGCUUCCUUCUUGCAAUUCACCAAUACCAAUGAAGGAGUCGUAUACACCACCCUAUCUUUCACAAAGAGCAUGACCGAACAACAUCCAACUGAACCACCCAUUCUAGGAUUGGGAGACAACGUCUUCAUUUGGGCAAUGGGACCACCCGGAGCUACGGCAUUGACCAUGCAUAGCGAAUACGGAGCCUUUCGAUUGGAUCUGUACGAUGCUGCCAGUAGUCACUCGCCACCGCCAGGGACCACCCCGGCACCAGUGGCUUCCAUUAGUAUUAUUGAUGGCACCACACAAGCCGCUGUAUCGACAGAUCCCAAGUUCGACUUUCAAGUACAAUUGGAACAAGAUGUCAUUUUUCGUUGGGAAUCCCCCGAUGAAGAUACGGGAAUCUUCACGGGGCGACUGGUACACACAACCAAGUUCGUCGAGGCGGCUCCGGCUUGGCUGGGAUUUGGAUUCCCCAAUCCGGCCGAUACAUCGACAUGGAUGCUCAUGCAAAACACAUAUGCGGUGAUUGGUUUACUGCCCAGUGAAAAGGUAGAAAAAUAUUCCCUCGGAGUCAAUAACAAUCACACAACUGGGUUUGUUCAGGCAUUGCCGCUCGAGCAACAAACGUUGAAAGCGUCCAAAAUGAUGCAAUCGCACGAUCCCGACACGGGAGUUUACACAACCUCCUUGACCUUUGCGAAAUUGCUCAAGGAGGAUAUUCCAUUGGAAUCAGAAAUUUGGGUCAAUGGCGAAAAUAGAUUUCUGUGGGCAGUGGGUAAUGCUCUUACGGCCACGCCCACACUUGGCAUGCAUCGCGAUUUUGGAGCCAUGACGGUAGAUUUUGCCAAGGUGGUCGAAGGGGAAGCAGAAGGUCAGACGCCAGCUACAGUUCCGGCCCCCGCUCCUCAGCCAACACAGCCGCAACCACAGCCGCAGAGUACGACAGAAAGCAGGGAAGUCAGUACCAGUAGCACCAAUGUAAAUCCAUUUCCUGCCCCUGUCAUUGUGGGACGAUGUUCGUCCGAAGUCUUUCAAAAAAGUGGCAAGAGCAUCCAACUGACUCCCGAACUCGUGAUGCAUUGGACGGUAAACGCUGUCAAGGAGGAGGAAUUUGCCGAAUUCGGAGAGGUUCCCUCAAUCACCGUGGUCCUUCAGUACAAAGGGCAGGCUUGGUUGGGAUUUGGAAUCCAAGAUUCUUCUCAGGCACACGGUACAUCGUCAACCGGCAUCAUUGGACUCCCAAAGACGAAAGACUCGCCGCAAUUGAAAUACAACAUUACAGCAAAAUCUGCCGUGGGCACGGUGCCCAUGGCUGAUCAGACUUUGAUCGAAGCGUACAUCAAUCAAGAACGCGGAAACCCUGGUCUGACGACGCUUCGAUUCACCAAAGCUUUGCAAGAUGGGUUGAGAGAAAUUGAUAUCAAACCCAAGGGGCUGAAUUACUUCUCUUUUGCAGUCGGCUCGGGGAACGAAAUGGGCUACCACAGGCAUCGUGGUGCUUUCCAACUGGACCUUUCCGAGUGCGUUGAUCUGCCACCGGGCUACAACACCAAUGCACAAAUUUCCGACUCCGACAACAAAGCGAAAGGAGCCCUCACAGCUCAUGCUAUCAUGGCUGCAAUCGCCUGGGGAUUUUCCAUGCCACUUGCGGUUGGCAUGGCAUGGUUCAGACAACUGAUACCAACCACAUGGAUUUACGUUCACGUGUCGUUUAAUUUGCUGACGUUUCUGCUGACACUGUUGGCGGUGCUAGUGGGUGUUGCUGCGGUGAGCUCCAGAAAUAGCACGAGUCAUUUCUCGAAGGGUCAUCAUGUUGUCGGCGUCCUGCUGUUUUUGGCCUACACAUUUCAAGUUGGCAACGGAUUUUUGAGGCCGCCGGUAGCAAGGAAGGAGGAUGGAGCUCCAGUGGAGAGGCAACCGUUUUCCUUACAGAAACCACAAUCGGCCAGAGAGUGGUGGCAUAUGAUUCAUCGUUCGACGGGUAUCAUCAUGCUCCUCGUUGGUGUCUUCCAGAUUGCCAGCGGUAUGCACCUGUAUGACCAGAAUUUCCGAUCGGGCAGGGAUCAUUUCUUUUGGUAUUGGACAUAUGUGUCGCUGUUUGCGCUAACCUUGCUGGCACUGAGAAUCUGGUUGGUCAUGCAAAACAGACGAGCCCGAGGUGAAGGCGCCUCUUGGAUGGAAGAUAGCGCAGCGACAAGCGUCGGUAUUGACCCGUCGGAUCCAACGGGUAUGCGAGGAGAUGUAGAUUGUGUAGUUUUGGAAAUACCGUCAAGAACUGGGGAUUCUACUAUGAUCAGAGGGGCCCGGCGCAUGCAAGCUAAUGCACACGACAUGUCAGAGUCAAAUGACGACGACAAUAUGACUGUCGAAAUUACCUAA